UUUUUUUCGAAUUUAUUGUUAGUUGAUGGUAAUCUUCCUCUAGCAGCAGAAUUUUCUCUUGAACUUUUCGUGUGGUUGUUUAUGGUUUCUUGUCGUUUUUAGAACCGGCCUGUCCUCAAGUGUAAUCGGUGUUCUUCACUGGGGUGGUUCUAGAAACAGUAUGUCCGGCACAGAGGAAGUCAAAGAGCAAACAGAAGUCGUUAUGGAGGACAGUGAAAAGUCCAUGCCGUCAACCAAACAGGAGGAAGAAGCUGUUAAGAAGAAAUAUGGAGGAAUCAUGCCCAAGAAACCGCCACUAAUUUCAAAGGAUCAUGAACGUGCCUACUUUGAUUCUGCUGAUUGGGCUUUGGGAAAGCAAGGUGUAGAGAAGCCUAAAGGACCUCUCGAGGCUCUUCGACCAAAGUUACAGCCAACUCAACAGCAAACACGAUACCGCAAAUCUCCUUAUGCUCCAUCAGCAGGUGAAGAUGGAAAUACUUCCCCAUCGGAGGAGGCGACAACAAAUGAAUGAAAAUUAGGCUUCGAUCCUUUUCUCGUCGAGGCCAUUGAUUGUUACUCAACUUGAUGUAUAAAUGAGUGACCUGCUACUGAAAUAAAAAACUUGGACGAUCUUCAGUACUUCUUUAGGAAGAAUUCACCAACACAUUGUAAUUGGUGCUGUAAUUUUCCAGUCUGGAGUACUUCUUAAUCUUGUUCCUGUUGUGGACUAUUUUCCUGCUAUACUGUCAAGAUUUCGGACCAUUUAUUCGAGUUUCUAAGCAGUUCUAUUAUUA